UUUUAUUUUGUAAAUAUUUUCCCGUUACACUCAGGCGCGUUUAUGACCGUUCGAUCUUCCUCCUGAUCCGGUUUGUAAAUUUAUUAGCAAUUAUUUAGGUGCAUUAUUAUUGUUUUUAUUUGUUUAUUUUUAAUUUUCAAUUUUCGCAGUUUAUCGAAAUUUCAGUGGAGUUCGGAGUUUUUGCUUGAGUUGGACUAGAGUUAGGGCUUUGAUAUUUUGUUGUUCUGUGCAUUGACGUGUUUAAUUGAUUUACUGAUCUAUUUUCAAAUCGAUCCAUCCAUCGAUUGAUUCGUUACUGUAGCGAAUUUCAACGGAGCAUCGGAGCCCGUGACGCGUUGUCAAGAAAUGUCGGGUCCACUAGAUCGGCUCGCCAGGCCUUAGACAGGAUUUUCAGUUCUGUAUGCAAACAAUACUCUUGAUGUUAGAAAUACUCUGAUGGAUUCAGAUGAUGAGCUUUUUGCUGGUGAAUCUGGACCUGCAGUAAAACAUGGUCGUGGCAGGUUUCAACCCAGAGCGAAACCAAGACCUAGUAAGGGAACAAUUCUAGCUGUUGCUUCCUCGAUACCGAGCAAUACAGAGGAAAAGACGAUUAUAGAAGCAUCCCUUAGCUUGGACACAACACAGAUUCUUCAGCCUGCUGAUAAUAGAUGGACAAAACCAUCUAUCUCUAAAGUCAAAGAACCUUUGAAAAGUAAUGGUGACUCUUUAUCACAAGAUCCAAUUAUGGAUGAUAACUUGAAAUCACAGGUUGUGAACCCAUCAUCUGAAGCUGUUGCGAGGAGAGAUGAUGUCUGUUCUGGAGAUGUUCUGCCUAUGAAAGUUGAAACAUUGGCAAAACAGGACAUGAUACAGACCUCCAUCUACACAGACACUGAACACUUAGUUCAGCCAAUUGAUGUUACGAAUAGGGAUUACAGAAUGACAGAUCCUGUGGGUCUGUCAUUGGCUGCUGUAGAAAUUGGUGGGUCUGAAGAACAAUUAAAAGGGAAUGAUGGCUUUGGAAAUGCUAUACAUUCAGAGGUUACGGUUUCUGUUGGCUGUGGAGAUCUGCACUCUUCAUUUGAAAAACCAGCGGGAGACUUGUUUGUUGGUUUCAAAUGUGUCACUAAUUAUCUUAGCCCCUCUACAAAUGAGAUGGAGAAGCCCGCUAUUGGGGAUUUGGAGAAUGUAGAUGGAGGCGAAAAUGGUGGUAUUCAGGGUAGAAGUUGUUUUAGUGCUUCAGAAGCAAGUGAAUUUGAUGCUUCCCAAGCUGAAAUUUGUGCUGAUUUAUUCAUGGUCCAAGAUCCAGUAACUUGCAGGGAGACUUGUAUCUCUAAAUGUGACGUAGUUGUCUCUGUUGAGGAUGGAAGAAUGGAAACAGAGGUUCAGCAAUCCAGGGCGUCUUCUGACUUGGAAACUGAUUUUAUAUCUGGGGCAACGGUUGCAUCUGGAUGGCAUGCUGGGAAAUUCAAACCCAAGCCUAAGUUACGAGCUGGGAAGGAGAACUCUAAUAUCAGCAUGACCAAUGCUGAUGCAGUUGAUUCAGUUAUGCAGCCACCGACUGUGCAGUAUGUUUCAUCUGAAUCUCAAUACGUCUCAGAGGGCUCAUUUUCUGUUUUUCCACCCGAUCACAUGUUUGAUUACACAUCCGUAGACUUGGGAUAUAUCAUUCCGCCUCAAGAGUCUAUGGACUCUGAAUUCCCAAUGAAUGAAGAACUGACAAAUCUUGCUGAAACAUACCAUGCUGACAAUACUACUUUGGGGGAUGUACAAACAGAGGAUGUUUGUGGAAUGACUGAAAACCAGAGUUCUGUUGGCAGGGAAAGAAAAGUUUCUACUGCAUCAAAUUUGUCUCAGAGGUCAAAUGAAUCUUCUUUGGUUGGUGGGGAGUAUAAAGGUGGCAAAUCAUCAAAGAAUCGCAAAAAGCGAGUAGCUACUCCCCAACUGGUUGAUGAGCCUGAUGACGAGACUCAUGACGGCUUCACUGCUGAUCCUCUAAGUAGCAAUGUGGAUGAAGAUGUAGGUAUUGGUGAACAUAGAGUGGAAAGUAAAGCUCAGAAGAAAAGAGCACCAAGAAAGUCAAAGAAACCUGUGACUGAAAAUGGAAAACCAGUUCGUAGGGGCAAGAAAUCCAAUGAAGCAUCAGAUCAGUCAACCAAAGAACCUCCCAAGAAGUUCUCUCAUUCAACUCGCCGAAACAGAAGACGUGUGAGUAAGGAAUUGCUAGAGACCCCAGAGGAUGAAAUUGACCCUCGAAAGGUGCCUAUGAAGGAUCUAAUUUUAUUGGCAGAGUACAGGGAGCGGUUAGCGGUAGAGAGUAAAGAGGCCAAAACAUCGACAAGAUCCUCGACCAAUCAAAGUACUGAAAAUCCUUGUGAUGAGGAUACUCAUAGUGGAGAGGAGACCUUUGCUUCAGAACAAGGCAUUGGCUAUACUGGUAAUCAAGCAACUCGUAGGGUUCAGUCAAGCCUUCACUUCAACUAUCAGUCUUUCAUGAAGAAAACACCGACAGUAAGAUGGCCAAAACAAGACACAGAAUUGUUUUACGAGGCUAUUGGACAGUUUGGUACUGAUCUUACAAUGAUACAACAACUUUUCCCUGGAAGAACACGUCAGCAAAUCAAGUUAAAAUUUAAGAAGGAAGAGCGUAAACAACCGUUGAAGCUUAAUGAGGCUCUCACCAAUCGUUCCAAAGAUCAUUCCCAUUUUGAAAAGUUGAUUGAACAGCUUCGGGAAAUUGCUGCACAGGCACGGCAGGACAGUAAUGGAGAGGAGCCAAUUGACAUACCAGGCGAAGAAGAGGUGGAGGAAUUGGCUACUGAAAUUAAUGACGAAGCAGAAAAAGUGAAGCAGGAUGAAGAUGGGGAAGCAGAUGUUGCAGCAGUCGGUAGUCCAUUGAAGAGUGAUGACGAAGAUGAUAUAUUUAGUUCAUAUAACAGUGUAUUUUAGCCAUUAAAGACUAACGCAGAUUACUGGAUAUUUAUCUCAUUUUCUUUUCUGGUAAA